CAAGAAGUCACAAAAGCUCGAUGUAAUUAGCAGUUUACGCUACAGAAAAUCGCACGCCAAAAUUCUUCCGGUGAAAAAAAUUUCUCGGGAAAAAGAAAUUUCCGUAAACAUUUUCCUAUCGCGGGACUCCCUUUCGUGAGGCUCGCGUGUCGCGCUCUCCCCGGGCCCGAACUCGAUGAAGAGUCCGUUCUGGACGCUCUGGUGCUCCGGAAAAUUCACCGAAAGCCACGGCCGGCCGAGUUUGGCCGCGCGACUAAGUCCGCGGCACGUGCUCUUUCUCCGCGCGGUGAAAAUUUUUGCGAUCGUAAUUUACGUGGCAUUAGAAACGUCGGCCGUAAUCACCAAGGGGCACGUAUAGAAUGAGGGGGGCGCGCGACCGCCAUUAACGCCCCGGAGUCGCCGUGUAAAAGUGACUAAUGAUACAGUAUCUUGCAGCUACGAUUUCGCCGCUUAGGUUCGUUAAUUCCGUCGCGAGAAAUCGGUAUUUCCUGCUUCGACAGGGGUGGGCGAGCUCGUUAUAGAUGGGACAUCAGUGGGAGUUCGCUGCACUCGUUGUUGAAAAGCAACUGGGAUAACACAAAUGCAUUUCAUUACCUCGUGAACGACAGAAAGUUGAAGAUAUCGCUUAAGCACCGGAUUCCGAGAAAGUAUUAACGUUUUACUGAAUUCAACUGUCCGAGAAAAAUUUCGGAUAUGAAGGCCACUCCGGUAGACUCAAUUGCUCUGCUUCUCUCUCUUGUGCUAUGCUUUAUGCGAGUUAUCGCCGACGGCGGUGCGAGAACAUCCGCGAAGCACAACAGUCCGUUUAUCAACAAUCGCAAGUCUCAACUUAUCGCUUUCGAUUCGAAAGGUGGAGUGAUUGAAGUUAAUUGGGACUUUUCGGUACCUUUUUUCACAUUACCAUUAAAUCAUAUAGGCGAGAAUGGCGAGGUGUUACCGUUAGUCACAGUUAACACGAAAGGAUUGUCAGUCGCCGGCGUAUUAACAGCCCUUGUCACCUUAGCAGUGCCUCUCUUAUCGAAGUCGAAGCCGAGUUCAAUGAAUUAUCGAAACUCGGACUCACAAUGGUCGCGAAUGGGAGAAACGAUAAACGAGAUCAUGCUUGGCAAUAGUUACAUCACUCCUUGCGUACAACGCAUUGUCUGCUCCAUCGUUUCCGAGGCGAGUCAUUCCGACAAUCCCUCAAGCACCGACAAGAUCAUUGACGGUUUAUCAAGUCACAAGUGGUUUAAGGAAUUCACGAAUGGAACAGUCCUUCAGGAAGCCAUAAGGAUGGGGCGAGAGGGACAUCAUGACUGCGGACGCAUGUACAAGGAGUGUUUCGUGACACCGAGGAUCCUUAAAAGUAUGAUGGUACAACUUGGAGUGAUCUGAUGUUCUCAUCGCGAACGAAAUGCAAAGCAAAUGGUAUGUCGGGAACUUUGUAAAAAUUUUAAUAGCAUUGCCAAAGUGCCCGUCAAAUGUGUCUCAUGCUCAAUUUUGAAAUCGUUCGCGGUGUAAUGAGCGAGUUACAUCAGGAUGGCCGAUCUUCAUUAUCUCGAUGCACGAGGUGUGAAAUUUCGUCGCGCCCAACAAACCGUGUGCUACGUAUUUAAACGACACCCCGAUGCGCUUUCACUUUUCCUUUCACACAAUGUCGUAGAAAAGUCACUGUUUUAACAACCAUGAUUUCUAUACCAUACAAUUUAUUGUCGUCUGCUUUUCGUAUAAAACAAUUCUGAAUUCUUUAUGACAGUGCAAGUAAGAUUAUUUUUUUAUGCGUGAGGAUUUGAAAUGUUUGUAAAAAUUGAGGAAAUAUGUUAGCAAAAUGACGCGACGAAAUAAUACAAAAUAAAAAAAGCUUAAUUAUUUUGGAAGUAUAUGAAAAAUAUAUUAUCCAAAGGUGGAAUUGUUAUUAUGAUUUAAUUCAACUUAGAUUAUGAUACAAUAAAUCAGUAUUAAGUUAAACGAUCACAAUCGUUAAAUUAUCACAAAAAUAUUCUUAUUGUUAAUAUUAUUGUCUUAAAUUAUAAAAUUGUGUAAAUAUUAUGACAUUCACUCUGUAUCUAUCACUCUAAAAUUUAUUAUAAUAUACAUUAUUUGUAAGGCUUCACAUUUAUCAAAAAAUAUAUUAUAUUUUCAUCAUAACAUUAUAUAUUGUAUAUUAUAAACAAUUCUAAAGUUAUAAAUCUUGAUAGAAAGAUUCUCAUUAGUAUAUAGAUUCAUUUUUUUACAGCGCCGUUUAGCAUUAGGAACAAAUUAUGUAAACAUAUUGUAAUAUAUAUUUUAGCUGUAAAAAUGCUAUGUUCAUUCAAUAGAAAAGUUUUGCAACCGUAUGUUUGUUUUGUUAUUAUAAUUUAAUUUAAAAGUAACUAAACGUGUAGUUU